AUGGAGGCAAAGAGAGAAAAUUAUAUUUACAAAAUUAGUAAUGGUAAUAAUGAUGGGAAACAACAAAAACAACAGCAACAAGAAGAAUUAGAAGAAAAUGAUGAGGUAACAACUAUAGUUAAAGAAGGACAAGAAACAGCUAUAGCAAAUAUUAAUAAUAAUAUUAUUAUUAAAGAUAAUUAUGAUGAUAAUGAUGAUGAUUUAAAUAUUGAUAAUAUUAAUAAAAUUAAUAUUAAGCUUAACUAUCAUGACAUUAUUCAAUUACACUUGGCUUUACUAGAAAUUGAUUCAUUUCAAGAAACCAACAAACUAGACAAAUCUUAUAAUAACAAUAAAUCUGUUGGAUUACCAAAAUUUCGAUAUAAAUAUUCAGAACAAAAAUUGGCUUUGUACUUGGUACAGGGUGGGCAAGUUUUUAUCCCUCUUAGAGUUUUAGGAGGAAUUGAAAAAAUCAGUGAUAGAGUUAUUUGUCUAUAUUUAAAUGAUGAGGAUAAAUAUGUAUCAGAACAAGAAAUUGAUAUAGCAGGAUUACACAUAAAUUAUAUGAUAAAAGCUAGAAAAAAUAAAUCUUACUCAAAUUGGAAAGAAGAACAAUUAAUUAUAAAGUUACAUCAUAGCAACACUGAUGAAAUCAAAAACUAUCUCAUCACCAAUUCCUACAAACUUUCCAAUCUAACAAAUUUAAUAGAAAAAUCAUACAAUUUUGCUACAGGUACAAUCAAACAAUUAAAGUAUAAAGAUUACUUUAAUAACUUUGUUAAAAUAACAAAUGAUUUAGAAUUUCAAAUUGCUAUUUCAAUCUAUAAAAUUGAUAAAAAAAAACCCAGUAGUAGUAGUAAUAAUGAAAAAUUUGAAUUAUGGUACGAUCAACAAGAUCAGCAAGAAGAAAAUGAUCUUAUUAUUAUGUAA